UGCCAAAGCCAUGCGUCUUUAUUGUGCCGUACCACAAACACUGGCUGUCGGCGAGUCGGAGGAGGAGUAGUCUUAUGUUUUUUAUGUAAUCAUACAUCAACGUCUACUUCCCGUUUCACCUCGAAAAGGGCUUUGAUAAUGCUGGUGGUGAGGCUGCUGAGAGGUGCAGUGAGACAUGCCAGGAGAAGGCCCCUGUGCAGCACCGAGGGUUUGAGUCCAGCAGCGUGUGGCAUCAACUCGUCCCCACGCCGGGCCUUUGCCGAUGGGAGAGCUCAAAACUCAAACUGCACAGAGAUCGACCACCCCAAAAUCCUCAUCACAGGAGGGCUUGGUCAGCUGGGGGUAGGGCUUGCCAAGUUGCUGAGGAGGCGAUUUGGAAAAAACAACGUGAUCCUCUCCGACAUCCGGAAACCCCCUAACCAUGUCUACCACAAUGGUCCGUUCAUCUUCUCGGACAUCCUCGACUAUAAGAACCUCAGGGAGAUCGUGGUCAACAACAACAUCAGCUGGCUGGUCCACUACUCAGCUGUGCUCUCCGCUGUGGGAGAGAACAACGUCUCACUCGCCAAAGAAGUCAACAUCACAGGUCUUCACAACAUAUUAGACAUCGCAGCCGAGCACGGCCUGCGUGUGUUCGUCCCCAGCACCAUCGGCGCCUUCGGCCCGUCCUCGCCCAGGGAUCCCACCCCUGAGCUGUGUGUGCAGAGACCGCGCACCAUCUACGGCGUCUCCAAGGUCCACGCUGAGCUGAUGGGUGAGUACUACCACCACAGGUAUGGGCUGGACUUCCGCUGCCUCAGGUACCCCGGCAUCAUUUCUGCCGACUCCCAGCCUGGAGGAGGAACCACAGACUAUGCCGUCCAGAUCUUCCAUGCGGCUGUGAAGACCGGCUAUUUUGAAUGCAACCUUCGCAGCGACACACGGCUCCCUAUGAUGUACAUAGAUGACUGUCUAAGAGCUACCCUGGAGAUCCUGGAAGCCCCGGCGGACUCGCUGACCAGCCGCACCUACAACAUCAACGCCAUGAGCUUCACACCUCAGGACCUCACCCAGGAGAUUCAGAAAAUGCUGCCUGACCUCAAGGUCACCUACAACGUGGACCCAGUCCGACAGGCUAUAGCGGACAGCUGGCCAAUGGCAUUUGAGGACAGCGCGGCGAGGCGAGACUGGGGCUGGAAGCACGAGUAUGACCUCCCAGAGAUGGUGCAGGCCAUGCUGACUCACAUCACUCCGGGCAACCAGCUGGCACAGGCCUACUGAGGCUGCCGCAGCGCGUCCCGUCAGCGCCUGGGAAGGACAAUCCGUGGAGAUGAAGUAGUUUGACCCCCCCCCUUCCUCCCACACACACAUCCAUUUGUCACUCCUCUGACUGCACAUCAGGAAUGCGCAGUAUCAAUUUGAUCCAUCCCAAACUCCAUCCAAAGCUUUAGAAUCUGGGAAAAUGUAAUAGUGAGGAUUCAAGAGCGUUUUCCUCAAGCCUGCAGUAAUUUAUUCACAUUUUGGAAUUACAAAAUCGUGGCUAAACUUCAUCCAUUUUAACACGAUCACAUACUCUCUUCUUCAAGCUCUCAUUUUUCUUAAAACAACUGAAAAAUUUUGCCAGAGGAGUGAGGUAAUCAUAUUUGUUUCCACCGGUGUAGUUUCAUGUCUCAUCUUUAAACAAGCUCAGAACACUUCUCAUCAAAUUUUAAGACUCAGUGUUUUGUUAAGAUGGAUAUUUGCAAUGGCAAGAAUAAAAAUCUGACAAUGACAUUUAGAACCAAGUUAAGGUCAGCCAAAAGUACUGGAGGCUUAAAAAUGUUCCAGACAACUCAGCGUAGUAUUUUUUUUUUUUUUUUAGAUUUGUGGUGUUUGUCUCCAUCUCUGUCCAUCCUUCUCUUCGUCCUCAUCUGACCACCAUGUCCCUUCAUUUUUAUCUCUCUCCCGUCCAUCUGUCGUCUCGUGUCAAGAGAGAUUGUUGUGCACAAGACACAAUCAGGAUUGCAAGGAUGCAAUCAUUAAUGCAAAUCUGCUGCAAACUAAAGAUGUGCUUGAUGCCGUGCUGAGAACAUGCUGGGUACCACUUCUAAGUUACUGAAUCUUCAAGAGAUAUUUUAGUCUUUUUCUGAAAGUAUGUAUGUACAUUAUGGACGUCCUUGUUCUGUUCUGUGUGUUAGUAUUUAGAUGACUUAGCUUGUCUAUGUGAACAGGACAGCGUGGCAUAUGUAGCAGACAAACACAGGCCUUAGGGGGCGCUACUGCUCCAGAAAAAAGUGUCAGCCUUUUAGUCAGAGCCGCUCACCAGCUGGCCAACAAUAUAAGCACUGGGACUGUCACCAUAUCAGGGUGUCUGCAGGUCCUUAGGCAGUCUUAAGAUGCCUUGAAAGUCAUUAAAUAGUCUUAAAUUUGACUUAAUGAGGUCUUGAUUUCCACAUUAACAUUAAAUAAAAUUUCAGUUAUCCAUCUUUACACUCAUUUGAAUAAGAAAAAGAUCAUUUUUCCAAAAGUCACAAUUAAAUUUUCUUAAAAUUUGUCUCGAAAAGGACUUAAACAGCAUUGAAUUUUAUUCCCUGAUACCUGCAGACACCCUGGAUAAACCAUUACUGACGAAAUCGAAAUUGAUGAAAUUUUAUAUCAUAUUAGUAAUUCAUUUCCCAAAAAGAAGAGAAAAUACUAUUAUUUAUUUAGCUCAGAUUUUCUAUAGAUACUGUGAUAAUAUCGUUUUUGUAAAUUCUUGUGGCCAUGAUAAUCGUGUGGUGAAGACCUGAUAUUGUGACAGCCCUAAUAAGUACUGUAGCCUUAGUUACAAGAGCCUUCACCACAGGUGCUGUUAGUGUAGGUGUUGGGAGAGUGACAGUAGCUCGCGAGGUGCAGGAGGGUUUUACGGGUGCUUCAGCCAGAGUUGCCUGCAGCAGCUUUUCACAUGUGAUUAUUGUGUCCCCCUUCAUGGAAAUCCAGCAGGGCUGUAGGUCUUAAAUGUUUUUUAUAGAAUUUUGAGCAGCCUGCAAAAACUAUUUUCUCAUUUGCACUAGUGUGCUUUAAAUUUUGUUUAAGUUCAUUUACGCUGUCCUUUAAAUUAUUCCUCUCUCUGCUUUCUUUUUAGAAGCUGUCUUGGUGCUAUAUAUUUAUGUAUAUUUAUGACUGUCAAAUGCGUUAGUGGUUUCAAUUCCUGAGGAAACUUGAACACUCCUCAGCUGUGGUGCUUUGGGCUCUGUUUAAAAACUAGCUUGACCUGCUCUACCUGCUUAAUAACAUUUGGAAAUAGCUUAAAUGAGACAAGUGGGCAUGAAGAGCUCUUUUUUCAAAUAAUGGUGAUUUAUGCUACUUUUUGCCACUCCAAUCAAACCAAAAAAAUGUUUUUGGGUUUUUUUGUUUUGUUUUGUUUUGUUUUGUUUUUUUUAAUUAAAUCCUUGUAUUAAGCCAAUUUUGUCUCAUUUUCUCUGUGACCACUCACAUGUAUUGCAUCACAUGUAAUGUAUCUUAUGGUUAUACUGUAUGUUUG